ACUUCAGGACCAGAAACCAGAGUGUCACUUGGAGUGGCCUAAUCUAAUCUACUAGUACUGGAGCCAUAAUUAUAUAAAGUUUAUUGCCCACUAUAAUCUACGUAUACUCGAGUAUUUUAAGCGUAUUAUGCUACAAGUCUGUAGACCUUAACAAAGAAUUAAUUUCACGAUGAAGACUCUUAUGCUGCUCAUGUCAAUGGUCCUGAUAGGACUUGCAAGUGCUGCUCCUCAUUAUGGAGAAGCAGUGCUGAAGAACGUCAUCUCAAAAUUGGCUGAGAAAAUUGAGGAAGCUAAAAAACAACAAAUUACUGAGCAAAUGGAAGAAGCUAUGGAUGAGCAAUAUCCGGACUAUGCGGUAGAAGAAGCUGAGGAACAAGACGACAAUGAUAAAGCUAUUGCUCUUAUGAAGUUUAUUGGACAGCUAAGGGAAGAUAAAAAGCUUGCAAAGGUUGACGAAGAUGAUCAGAUGGAAGAAGCUAUGGAUGAGCAAUAUCCCGACUAUGGGGUGGAAAAAGCUGAGGAACAAGAAGACAACAAAGAAACUGACCAGUCUGAUAAAGCUAUUGCUCUUAUGAAGUUCAUUGGACAGCUAAGGGAAGCUAAAGAGCUUGCCGAAGAGGAGAGUUGCACGUGUUUUGAGUCCCCCUGUCCUACUAACAUAUGUCUCGACCCAUGGUUGUCAAGCUUUUGUAAUCCGAUUUCUUGUACCGUUUAGUGCAUGGAGGUUGGUUAGUAAUGAACAACUGUAUUGUAGCUAUAUAGCUACAUUGAUUACUGAAAAAUCAUUAAAUUUGACCGCAUUGUUUGUAAAGGAUCUAUAUAUAUCCACUUUCCAUGCAUGCAUGAAGUAGCAUUUUUGACUGUUAAAUAACAUUGUCUCUAUUAUAAUAAUUUUGUUUCUCAAUAAUAACAUCAACCCCAAGGUUUUAAAAGCGUGUGCGGAUGUCUACUAGAGUAAGGCAUCUAUAAUUAUUCAGACACAAUGCUACACUCAUUCUAAGGAAACAAGCAGUGAUAAAAAUUUUUCUUUUG